CACACACACACACACACGCACACACACACACGCUGAACGUUUGAGACUGGUAUCCGUGAGCAGCAACAGCAGUGACACCAUGACAAGCAACUGUUCAUUCGAUCAUGUGGACCACCUGAUGACAUACUUGCAGCUGGUUAUCUACAUCCCCAUAUUCGUCUUUGGUUUGAUUCUCAAUGCUGUGGCACUGUUUGUGUUCUGUGUCUUUCUGCCGAAAUGGACAGAGUCAACCAUCUACAUGUCCAGCCUGGCUUUGAUGGAUCUGCUCCUCCUCUUCCCUCUUCCCUUCAAAAUGCACGCCACCAGCCACCGCUGGUCUGCCAGCCUGCAACCUCUCUGUUCGGUCUUGGAAAGCCUGUAUUUUGUUGGGAUAUAUGGCAGCGUAUACACCAUCAUGUGUAUAGCUGUGGAUCGCUGGGUGGCUAUCUGUCACCCGUUCAAAGCCAAGCAGCUGCGUUCACCCAAGGCGGCCCUGGGGACCUGCGUGGGGGUCUGGGUGCUGGUGAUGGCAGCGAUCUUUCCAACCACCUAUCACUUCAGGGAGGCGGGGCAGAAAGACUUCCACUGCUUCCAUGGGUUUUCGGAGAAAGGCUGGAGCCCUUCGGUGAUCAUCUGUCUGCAGGUGUUUGGGUUCCUGGCGCCUGCGCUGGUGCUGAUUUGCUGUUCGGUGCAGACCAUCUUGGCGCUUCAGGAGUCUGGCCAGCACAGCCCGAAAAGCAGGGCCUGUGUGAAGAUCAUCUAUAGCAGUCUGAGUGCCUUCCUGUUGCCUUUCACCCCGAGCCAUCUGGGCAUCCUCCUGCAGUUCCUGGUGCACCAAGGGGUGAUUCAGGACUGCGCCACCAAGACCGGCAUCAGUCUGUUCAUACAGAUAUCGAUGUGCCUGUCCAACAUCACCUGCUGCCUGGACGCUCUGUGCUACUACUUCAUCGCUCAUGAGGUGAGGAGCACAAAAAACACCUUCAGGCUGUCAGUGAUCAGCCAAAGAAGAGCAACCUUCAGCACCUCGGAGGUAUGAACAAGGGACAAAGAUAAGUAAAAGAAAUAUAAUUUUAAGCACAGUUCUGCUGGAAGUGAAUAUGAGAUCUGGCUUCUUGAGCUUCAGGGCCGAGCAGUAAAACUGAAAAGGUAGUGUUUCCAGUAGCUGACAUGCGUUUAGAGUAAUGGGUGGAAAUUAAGUAGGUCAGGGUGCAAUUUCAAUUGACCACAGUGCUGAAAGUAAAGCUAAAAUGCAGUAUAUGGAGACGAUCCGACAAGCACUGAUUCGCAAUUGGUCCAGUGGCAGGAAGUCAGUAGGCUCCUAUGUAACCACAAAGAGCGCUAAAAGCCAAAAUGUAGCUUGCAAAAAGAAAAUCUACCAGCGAGCCACAGAAUGACUGAUUUCUAGAAUGGUUUAAGGACAGACAGCAGGUGAAAAACUGAUGUGGGAUGCCAAUCACUUGAAAACAGUAAAAGCAGACGCUCAGCACAGAGGUGUACGUGCUCAAGAAGUCCGGUCAAAGACCACCAAACAUUAAAGAUGGCGGCCAGCACAUUUCCAACCAAUUCAUUUGGCUCAGCAGAUAGUUAGCAAAGUGUGGGAAUUAAAUAAUUAAAACCGAAGCAAAUUGCAAUCACAUAUUCAUUCAAAUCUUAGUUUCCAUAUUUAUCUAGUAUAUAAAUAAAUCAUGAUCUGCAAAUCUGACAAAGACACCAAAAAGUUGUGAUCUUGAAUCACAUGAAUGUAAUUAAUUAUUAUAAAUUAAAAUGUAGGUUUAUUUAUCUUAAUGGCAACAUUUUUUUUUGUAAACUUUAAAUGACAUUUCAUUACUAUCUAAAUUUCUGACAGUUUCUUAGUUUGGUUUUCACUUAUUAUAGGAUACUACUUAAUUUUAAUACAAGUAACUGCACUGAUUAAUAAGUAACUAUAAAUAUAGCAUCAUUAGUAUUCUGAUGUUUAUUUUUUUUUAGAUAUUGUUGCAGAAAGAAUUUACAUUUACAUGUAUUUACAUGGGAUUUUGUAUUAUCUCUGACCUUAUCAAUGCAACCUCAGAUAGUAUGCAGGGGGAAUUUACAUUUAACACAUUUGCCCUGAUAUGAAUCGUGAACAAGGUCGGCUGAAGGUUUUAUAAAUGCAAGCCGGCUGACUGUGUGUGUGUUUUUAAUCAGCCUCCUUAAACUCAUCACAACCUAUGUCCGUUUGUGUGUGCGUGUGUGUGUGUGUGUAUAUAUAUAUAUAGAUAGAUAUAUAUAGAUAUAGAUAGAUAGAUAGAUAGAUAGAUAGAUAGAUAGAUAGAUAGAUAGAUAGAUAUAGAUAUAUGUGCCUGCUGUUGGUCAUGACAUGUGUACAGAUAAUUUUUAUAUGUACUUUUUAUUUUUAUAUUUUAUUUUAUUUUUACAAUGUAUCCUUUAACAUGUGCAAUACCUGUGUACUAUAUGACUGUUUUGAUAUUAGUAUUUUGUUUACAAGAGGACAUUUGAUUUAUGCGAAUGCAGUCAAAGCUAAACCCGCGGUACGUUAAACUGCUCUCUGUCUUAUUUUGCUCAUGCUGAAAAGUCAUCCUGCCGUGAAAGCGGACGGUGUUCAUAAAGCACUCUGUUGGGGGAUUUACUGUAUAUUAAUAGUUUUUAAUAUCUAAAAAAGUCAGUGUAAAGGUCCAUAAAACCAGAAGCAAGACAUGAAACCGCCCAUGCUUUGGUUUACUUGCAUUACUUGCGUCUCGAUACUUUCAUUUUGCACAAGCCUCCUCUUCGCUGGCUUUCAGUGUUAUUUGUUUUGUGCUCACAUUACGUUUUCUGCUUUCUGUCGUUGUUCCUGAAAUGAGAUUUGUUUUUUGAAGCCGUGGAGCUUCUUGAUCUGACCGACCCGGUUUGUAGGUCUGGUAUUUUUUUUGUUGUUCUGUGCAAACUGGUCUGUAAAAUAAAGUCAAGCCAAAAACACAACAAGGCUUAAUGUUCGUUCUGAAACUCAAAAGCUUUUCUCAACAAUUUGCAUGUCAACAAUUUAGAAACCAAAUGUCAUUCCUCCUUUUUAAAGUGAAAUACAGCCAACCACAAGAGA